AUGAAAAAUAAUAAAUCAAAAAAUAAUAUCAAUACUACAACCAUAGCACCAGUAGAUAAUAAUAAUGAUAAUAACAACAACAAAAAUGACAGUAGUAGUGGUAGUAUUAAUACAAAUAAAAAUGUAUCAUAUGACACAAAAUGUAAUAUUCAUUUAGAUCAAGAGAUUGAAUUAAUUUGUACAGAUUGCAAAGUACCAAUAUGUAAAUUUUGUAUAAUUAGUAGUGGUAAACAUGUUAGACAUACAUUUGAUUUAAUUAAAAUGGAAAAUUCAAAAGAACUCUUUAUUGAAUUUAAAUCAAAACAUAUUAAAAAUUUACAACAAUGUCUUGAUGCAGAUAAAGAAAUUCAAAAAAAAUCAAAUGAGAUAUUUAGUAAAAUUGAUUCACAACAUGCAUCAGAUUUAGAAUCAAUAAAAAAGGGAUUUGAAGAAUUACGUAAAGUAAUUAGUGCAGUUGAAACAGAUAUAACAAGACAAUUAAUAACUAAAUUCGAUGAGAAUGAAGAUGUAUCAACUAAAAUCAAACAAUUAAUAGAAGAUAAUAAAAAAUCUAUAGAUUCAAUUGUAAAUAAACAUAAAGAUUCAAUUGAUACUUAUAAAAUUGAACAAAUCGUUAAUAAUAAUAAACAAUUGAAUAUUGAAUUAUUAAAGUAUGGUCAUAAAUCACAAUUAUUAUUCAAUAAUUUAAAAGAUAAUGAAAAUGAAAAACAACUAUUUGAAUAUAAAAAAACAACUUUAAAUAGGUUAAUUGAUUCAACUAAACAAUCAAUUACCAAUUCAUUUAAAAUCAAUUCUGACCAAUUUUAUAAUCCAGAACCGGAUUCUUUUGAAUUACGUGGUGUAAAAUUUAAAAUAUAUAGGGAUGGAACAAAAAAUGUAAAUUUUAAUAGUUCUGUAGCAUUUGGACCACAUAAUAAAACUUCUAUUCGUUUUUCCAUCUUCCACUCUCUCACUACUGUAUGCUUAAUGGAUGGAUUUGAUCAAACACUUUAUGCUAAUACAUUACCAACAUCAAUAACAGAUUUAUAUAUUGGUGAUAUUAAAUCCAAUUUAGUUGUAGGUUCAAUUCCUAAAAGUGUUAAAUCAUUAUUUUUAAUGGAUGGAUUUAGUCGAUCAUUAGAAUCUGGUAUUAUUCCAGAAAAUGUAGAAAAUCUCUAUAUAGGUAAAAUUAAAUCAAAAUUAAGUAAUACUUCAAUUUCUAGUUCUAAUAAUCCACUUUACCACUAUGGUGCCUAUAAUAAAAGAUCAUUAUACUUGAUGGAUGGUUUCGAUCAAAACUUAACAUCUCAAAUGUUUUCAAAUGGUACUUUAGAAACUAUAUGUUGUGGUGAUACUGAUGUUAUCAUUCAAUAUGGUAUUACAGUCUCAAAUUCUGGAUCCUAUACACCUGUCAUUUAUAAUCAAAAAUAUAAACACACCAAUAAAAGACAACUAGAUGAAAAAAGAGAAUGGGGUGAUUCUUCAUUCAAAAUUACAUAUAUCAAAAAUUUCUUUAAUCACAAUUGA